UAAUGCAGUACUGUACACCGGUACGGCUGAAUCACUCGGAGAGAGGACUGCUGCGCAGCGCUCGGAGUCGGACGGGCGACGAGAGCCGAGGAGGACGCGGCGGAGAAGAUGAAGAUGCCCGCCGUUUAACGGCUGUAGCGCCGCAUCCGCCUUCCACACCACAUCCCCGCCGCCGGCGCACAUUUUGUCUUUUUUUUUUUUUUUUUUUUUUUUUUUUAACCUGCAGACACCACGUCGUCUCUCUCUGUCGUUUUUGCGCGUCACCUUCGCCGGUGAUCAGCACCGCUUCCAAAUAUAAUCUCACUUUCCCCGCGCUCCUUCGCCCAGUCCCUGGCCCGCGUCCGGAGCCCCCUAGACACCCGUCCGGUUCAUUUCAUUUUUAUUUCAUUUAGUUUCAUUUCAUUUCACUUGCUGGUGGUGGUGGAGAGGACGAGUCAUGCCGGGCGCGCCGCUCCCCCCGCACUCCCCCUGACCAUGGAGACUCCUCUGUCCGCCUUAGGCUUCUCGAGCGACGACGCCCCCAAUGGAGGAGGACAUCGACACCCGUAAAAUCAACAGCAGCUUCCUUCGGGACCACAACUAUGCAACCGAAGCUGACAUCAUCUCCACUGUUGAGUUCAACGCCACAGGGGAGCUCCUGGCCACAGGGGACAAGGGUGGUCGCGUGGUGGUGUUUCAGAGGGAGCAGGAGAGUAAGAAUCAGCCACAGAGAAGAGGGGAGUACAACGUUUACAGCACUUUUCAGAGCCAUGAACCAGAGUUUGACUACCUGAAGAGCCUCGAGAUCGAGGAGAAGAUCAACAAGAUCCGCUGGCUGCCGCAGCACAAUGCUGCAUACUUCUUGCUCUCCACCAAUGACAAAACUGUGAAGCUCUGGAAAAUCAGUGAAAGAGACAAAAGACCAGAGGGCUACAACCUCAAGGACGAGGAUGGCAGGAUUCGAGACCCGGCCACCAUUACAACGCUACGGGUUCCAGUGCUGCGGCCCAUGGACCUCAUGGUAGAGGCUACAGCCCGGCGGGUCUACUCCAAUGCCCACACAUAUCACAUCAACUCCAUCUCAGUCAACAGCGACUACGAGACCUUCAUGUCCACAGAUGACUUAAGAAUAAAUCUCUGGAACCUGGAAAUCACCAAUAAGAGCUUCAACAUUGUUGACAUCAAGCCAGCCAACAUGGAGGAGUUGACUGAGGUGAUCACAGCCGCCGAGUUCCACCCCAACCAGUGCAACACUUUUGUGUACAGCAGCAGCAAGGGCUCUAUUCGGCUGUGUGACAUGCGGGCCUCAGCACUCUGCGAUAACCACUCAAAAUUCUUCGAAGAGCCUGAGGAUCCCAGCAAUCGCUCGUUUUUCUCCGAGAUCAUCUCCUCCAUCUCAGACGUCAAGUUCAGUCACAACGGGCGGUACCUGAUGACCCGGGACUACCUCACUGUGAAAGUGUGGGACCUCAACAUGGAGAGCAAACCUCUGGAGACCUAUCAGGUACAUGACUACCUGAGAAGUAAGCUGUGCUCACUGUAUGAAAACGACUGCAUCUUUGACAAAUUUGAAUGUGUUUGGAAUGGGUCCGACAGCGUGAUCAUGACCGGCUCCUACAACAACUUCUUCCGAAUGUUCGACCGGAAUACGAAGCGGGACGUGACGCUGGAGGCCUCACGGGAGAACAGCAAGCCACGAGCAAUUCUGAAGCCACGAAAAGUGUGCUUGGGUGGCAAACGGCGCAAGGAUGAAAUCAGUGUGGACAGCCUGGACUUCAGCAAGAAGAUUCUGCAUACCGCUUGGCAUCCCUCUGAGAAUAUCAUUGCUGUGGCGGCGACUAACAACCUCUACAUAUUCCAGGACAAAGUUAACUAGUAAUCGCCACUAAACUCCCUGGCAGCGUGAAGGACACCAGCUACAGACACCUUUUCUUUCUUCACCUCUAAAAAUGUCUCUUCAAGUUGGUUGCUGUAGCUCUGCUGGCUUGUGCACAGCAAUGCUGAGAGAAAUGUUCGAGGGUUGUUCCUGCAGAAAAGAUCAUACUGCACAACAAAAAAAUAAGCAGUGAAAGAGAAAAGCCAAGGAAAAAUUUUGUGUACUCACAUGAAUGUGCUAGGUGGUGGCACUGCGAGACUGGUAUGAACAAGGAAUGUCCUGCAUUGCUCCUGCCUUUCUCUUCGCAACACUUUGGGUUGCCAUCCAAUUAUUUCAUUCACUUGUUAAUUAACAAAGGUGCAAUUGGUGCCCAUGCACUAGGUGACUGGUUGUCAUGGGGAAAGAUCAUUUUAACAAAUGUAGCAGUCUCUCAAUUUGAUUUCCUCAUAAAGACAAAGAAUAAAAACUAACACAGAAGACGCCAGUGAUGGAGGUGUUGAUAUUGAUUUUGAUCAUAUGCUUGGUGAAAAGAAAGUAAUGCUGUUCUAACCUGAAUGGUGGAACUUCAUCACACCCUAUGGUCUCUCUGUGUUGCUACAUUGCCACCACCAUUCCUCAUGUUAGAAAAGGAGCCCACCCAUCACCAGGACUUUGUCUCUUGUCAAAUAUGAGAGGGAUACUGUGGUUGCCUCUUAAACUUAUGAGCAACUGAAAAACUAAAGACAAACAAAAUAUUUUGUGAUGCUUUUGACUGUGCCCUUCCCUGAACAAUUACGCUGCACGUUUCCUUGCUUACCCGUCAGCGCUCUCAAACUGGAUUGACUGUCAAUGGCCAGGCAUUAGUCAAUGAAACCUUGUUUCAGUUUCCUUCCAUUUUUCCUUUCAGUGUUGGAAUUAUGAAGCUGUGGUGCCUUGUUCUGGUAUUCAAAUCACAAGAUGGUAAUGAAGAGUCUUGAUAAAUCUUCAUCCUGUUGUGGACCUUGCUGGGACUGAGGCUACAAGCAAAUUUGCUAAUGAACAGUAUGAACUUGAAGGGAUAAGGGUGGGUUUGUGAUUGUUGGAGGGGCAGGGAUUGGUGUUGAUGGUUCAGCGGGAGAAUAGUUCAGGAUUUGCCCCACGGUGAUGCUGCGGAUGGUCUGAAAAUGCUGAAAUGUGUGAAAUGAAAAUGUGGAUCGACUAAUUUUUUUUUUUUUUUUAUUAACUGCAAUGAAUGAGAGUGAGCGUUUUUAAAGUCAUAAAUGAGGAAAAAGUCUUUUUACAAUUGGAAAGCAAAUGAUCUUGGCACUCUGUUACAUGCAUACCAUGUGUCUAACACAGUUCUGGUACAGCCACUUAAAAUAAUAUGUUUGGUCCCUUUUUAAAAACACUUCAAAGCAGACUUGUUCUACAAGAACACUUGUGCACAAAUGCCUCAAGAUUUUCAAAAUGAUUAAUAUUCAGAGAAGCUAUUUAGAAACUUCAUGAGGUUUUCAUAUUAAAAGAACCAAGUGGAAAUUAAUUAGGUCUCCAUCCUGCCCCAUUCCUUCCAUCACUUGUGUUAUCGAUAUUGUUUAUGUUUUCCCCUCACUCUUGGCCACUGUUCAAGUUUGCUUUAAUUUGAUAGUCUCUGCUGACCAAAUCAGGUGAGCUGGGCUUUGUUGUAUACUGCUACCUGUAAUGUUGAGCUUUUCCAAGACUCCUUACCCACAUGCUUGUUCCAUGGGAUUGCUGGAAACUGGCCUCCAAACAUUUCUGGAGCAUGAGCUGGGGCAUCUGAUACAGGAAUGCUAGUUCUUAUUCCACUUGGGAUGUGCCUCUAUUUCCUCUUGCCCCACUGCCUCAUUCUCCUAUUUUAGGGGUUGGGGUUGGGGUUGGAAAGGUGUGCUGUAUGUGGGUCUAGGGAGCUGCUACAUCCCCUUGCAAAAACAAUAAUAAAAUCGGCUCCUGGUACAUCUUUCCCAAACCAAAGUCCCGGUCUUAACUUCAUGUUCAUUUGCUACCAUAAGGAUUAGCGAAGGUGGAAAUCAUAUGGUGCUGGAUUUGGUUACAUACAUGGGCUAGCUCUUCUAAAAUGGGCACACACAUAGCUGCACCAGAAAAUGCCCUCUGGGGACUCUGGGUAUACAGAUGAAAACUGGGGCAAGAAACAAGGUGGUAUCAUGAUGUAGCCUAACCAGUGACAAAGGUUCUAUGAUAUCAGGGAAUUUUAGGUACAAUUCCUUUAAUAAGUAAUGUCUUCUGACCUAUUUAAGUUGUAAACUUCUUAAUGAAACAAAAGUUUUAUAGCUCAGAAUGUAUUUAAAUGUAUUUAAA